AUUGGCAUUUCUAGUAUUUCUUUCCUUCAACUUACUUCGCUGGCCUCCAGUCUGGUGCUGGUCGCCAUAUUCUCUUUUGAAUCCCUAUUUUCUUUCAUUUAUCGCCCUUGUCUUUUUUUCAAUAUGCAGAUCCCUCACAUCGAAAUCUCACUUGCUCCCCCCGAGCCAAUCCCAGUGGAACCCUAUUCGCCCUUUGCAAACUCGACUUUCCAGCUUCCCCAGCAGGACGAUGACGGUUUCCGCCCUCUCCAUUUAACACCGCCCCCCGUUCACACCAGGUUCAUCAGGAACCGUACUCGCGACGACCAAGCCAAACAAGCAGGCAAAGGCCUUGACAGGGCCCGAUUCGAGGCACUCCUCAACGCCUCCAAGGAAAGGCAAGCUGGUGCGAAGAAGGCUACUGACCUCCGCAAGGAGGUCGCCCUUAAGGUCCACAAGAACAAGCAAGCCGAGCGUCGUGCUUUGUUUUUGUCCAAGGUGCUAGCACCGCCCUCGCCUACCGCAACCACGACACCCGUCACUCCCCCCGAGUCACCGGCCGUCUUUCAUUACAGCCUUCCUUCGCCAGGUCUGGUCUCUCCCCUCGCACACUACGAGUCUCUGCACGACGAGGUUAACAGCGAUGGCCUCCCAUGCAAGCCGUGGGUCGAGCAAGUCGAUUUCAAGCUUCUCUCAGCACCCCCAAAGCCAAAACAUAUCUCCACACGCAAAUUCAAGCAGGGACUUCCUUCUCUCGAACAAAUUUCCGCUCGCCUCAACUGCUAUCGCUCUGCCCGCGCCUUCAACGAUAACAACGAAGUCCCGGCUAUCCAAUCGGCCCCCGUUUCAAACCACCUCGUUGUUGGUCGUUUAAAGAUGCCUGUCCGAUCGGCUGCUGCAAAGGCUCCUUCUAUCACCGUUACCGACACCACCACCCCCUUGGCCGUAGAACCAGUCAAGAUCCAGCCCCCCAGUUCCCCUCUUCUAACUGCUUCGUCGGAUCUCAAGAUCACUACUCUAGUAGUCCCUCGCACACAAUCCGUCUCGCCUACGGAGUUAACGCGAGUCAAUUUGUUGGCUUUGAAUUCGCGGGAGUCCCGGUCGUCGGCCAUGCUCACAACUUUGAGGCGAAGAACUCAAUCAACGGCGACGUUUGGGUUGCCUCCUCGCUCUCCUACUGAGAUCAAGGCCGCUAGGAGACACAGCGCACCUCCAGAAACGUCUCCCCUUCGUGAGCGAAGCGGUUUCGAGCAUCCUAUUCUUGCCCUCCCUGGCGCAUUCUAGCCGUUUUACCGCCUUGCAUGGUCAAGUUUUACCAAUUGUUCUCCCUGUCCCUUUCUUGUUUUUGGCAACGUUUUGUGUUGGAGACGGCGUCAUCCAUCAUCCUCUACACUCGUAGCAGGCGAAAAUCCCCUGCCCCACCUUCGUUUGGUAUAUUUAUGCACGAUUAAUGAUGAUGCAGGCUGCGCCUGCAUUCCCUUGUAUAUUGUACUGCCAGAAGCACGCAUCGUAUAUAUGUAUGACAUUGUUCGAG